GAUUGUUUGGAUGCAGAGAAAAACACAUCAGAGACUGGUGUAGGGGACUCAUUCAGGUGGGGUCUCACAGCUUUCAGAGUUUCACUCUGAAGAAUGGAAGAUUUCUACAUUAACAGCACCUCACGGAACCAAAGCUAUGAUUACAGCAACAUCACCUCUGACUACUUUGUUUACAGCGACAUUACUUUCAAAUACUAUGAUGUUGAAAGAGUUGAUUUCAUCAUACAUGUGGUGACAUGUAUAAUCGUUGGUAUCGGCCUUCCUUUGACCUUCAUGGCCAUCUAUGCUCUUUAUUCUCUGGUGAGAAGUGAUCAUGUUGCUCCGAUCUACGUCAUCAACCUUCUCAUUACCGACCUCCUUCAGCUCUGCUACAUGAUCGUUGAUGUAGCACAACAUGGGAUGAUGCAUACCAGCGCCUUUUAUAUUUACCUCUCUGGUCUGAUUGCUAGUGUUGGCUUCAUGGUCUGCGUCGCCCUGGAAAGGUAUUUGGUCAUCGCCCACCCGCUGUGGUACCGCUUCAGACGAACCAUCAAGACCUCUGUAGCGGUCUGUGUCCUGGUCUGGGCCAUUCCUCUUGUAUAUUUUCUCACUUUGCAUGUCUGCCAUGUUUAUGUGCUAGAAUCAAUACUCUUUGCCGUCAUUUUCCUCCUUCCCUUCCCACUGUUAAUCUUCUUCCUGGUUGGGACCCUCAGAGCCCUGUCUGCUUCCAUCUCUGUCCCCUCUGAUGAAAAACGAAGAAUUGUGGGAAUUUUGGUUCUGGUGCUGCUUAUUUACACGCUGCUGUUCCUGCCCACCAUCAUUUGUUAUCUGGGAGUAUUUGACUAUGACGAGCACCUCUUGUUCCUGCCUUUCAUCUUUGUUAGGUUGAGUCCUCUUGCAGACUUGGUCCUGUAUGUCUUCAUGAGGAAAGGGGUCAUAGACAAGCUUUUGGCCUCUGUGUGUUGUUGCAGAAUAGAUAGCAAAGAUAUCAGCAGUCCAUCAGUAUGAAUGCAUCUUAAGACGUGUUCAUGCACAUUUUAACUUAGUUGUUUACUUUUCUUUGUUAGUAAUAAUGAUAAAUAAAGUAAUGUAUUUUUACCCCAAACUGUGUGUAUUUUUUAUUAUUUUUGUACAGAUGAGAAACAAAACCGCAUAUUGUUUGCUUAUCUUUAUUUCAUAUAAGUUUAAUUUUUGUUUCUUCAGUUGUGUGCAUGCUAGUUUUUAGGAUGUGAUUAAAAUUAAAAGCUUUUUUAUUUAUUUUUACGGUUGUGCUUAGCAAUAUGGACAAAAUCUUUUUAUAUGAAAUUGUACAUUUUCUGGAAAUCCAAUAAAAAAAUCUGUUUCUUGGCAAAACUGUGAACGUUUGUCUUUGACCAGCUCACUAAAUCAAAACCUGAAAAAUUAAGGUUUAACUAAAACCACAGUGAUGUGGAGUUUGUUGAAAAAAUUAGUUUCUCUAAUACUCCAGACACGUAUUUGUUUACUCUUCUUUUCCCAUAAUCCUUAGUGUUGGGUGUUGUUAUAGCA